AUGCUGCUAUUUGUCAUGCAUCAGUUACCAUAGUCGACUCGUGAAUUCUCAUCGUAUUUUUUUCUUCGUAGUAAGUGGAUUUUCUAAAUUAAAUGUUACUUUAAGUAGUUAAAAAAACAAUGCGAGCUCGCCCGUAUACACCGAGGACUUGUGUUAAUUUAAAAAAAUGAGAUUUAAUGAUAGAGAGUUGAUAAGAAUUGGAGAAGGUCGUGUUGAUUUAGAAGGUAUUCUGCAUCACAUGAAACCUCAAGAAAAGGACUGGUCUGAUUGGUAUCAACAGCCCUCCUUUAAGGAACGUACAUUUAAGCUAGUAUCGAACCUACUGUUUUACUACAGGGUGAAUGAGCAAGAACCGCUUGGUGUCAUCGUGCUAGAGAAUGCUCAGGUGGCUUACGAACGUCCUUACAAAGGAAUACCUUUCGCAUUCUCUUUAGUUUUUAAAGUUACGGACAAAAGUCGAGAUAUCGAACGUAAACAUAUAUUUUCUUGCCGUUGUCAAGAUGACGUUAACAAGUGGGUGUCUUGUUUAAAAGUCGCAUCGUACGAACAUUGGCGAUCACAGUGCAUUAUCCUAAAGACCAAAAUAAGUAUGCGUACUGGGAAGGAUCCCAUUCUUGACUAUAUACGACAAAAGCCUCCCGUUACAGACAGUUUGACUGGUAAUGAUAGAAGGGUGUGUGCAAAGAAAUCUACUUUCUAUAGCCACAUCGAAGCUGACCACUUAAACGGAAUUGCCGGCAAAACCGAUGAAGCCGAAGUGAAAACAAAUGGAAGUCUCGAAGUGGGAAAACUAAUAGAUAUAUGAAAAAGUGUAGGUAAUUGUAAUGUUCCAUAGAAAUAUUUUUAUACGUCUGUAUUGAUCUCCAAUGUCGAUUUUAAAUUGUUUAUUAUUUAUAGAAAAAAUGUAUGUAAUUUGUUUCUUAUAUCGCUCAUCUUGCCCUGGUGCAAUAAAUGUACUUUCACGUGAUUUGUAUUUAAUACACAGUACUGCCUGGUGUUUA